GUCACUAGUUGGACCUGUUAGUAGAAGGAAAACAUCUCUGGCCGGAUCCCACCGCCUUUUCCCUCUUACCUUGACGUGCGUAAUCGUUUUUUGCGCUUCAAGUUGCGUCUUGGCAGUCGGAGAGUUUAGAUUAUCACCGCAACAGAGCGCACUUAGCAAGUGAGCUGACCCCCAGUUUGGCGAGAAGAUGAUUCCUGUGCUGAUCUUAGCUCUGAUCUCACUGACUGUAGCAGACAACUUAGAUACUCUGUAUCCAGAACUGGAACACUCCAGAACCAUCUAUGUCGUAGAAAAUGGCCCUCACCUCUCGGUGCUGUCAGACCAACCUAAAGUGGUGUCCAGACGAGGGGGAAAUGCUACUUUAUCGUGUAAGAUUCAGAGGGACCCGUCUCUGUCACCCAGUCGCAAGAUGAGGAUCAAAUGGACAAAGCUGACCUCAGACUACCUUAAAGAGGUGGACGUCUUUGUUGCCAUGGACUACCACAAAAGGAGUUAUGGACGUUUCCAUGGCCGUGUCUAUUUACAAGGCUCCUCCCCCCUGGAUGCCUCUCUGGUCAUCACAGAAAUUACUUUGGAUGAUUAUGGGAAAUAUAAAUGUGAAGUCAUUGAUGGUCUAGAAGAUGGAACAGUGGUGGUGUCUCUUGAUCUUGAAGGUGUCAUCUUCCCCUACUUCCCUCGCCUCGGUCGCUACAACCUCAACUUCUAUGACGCCGAGCGGGCAUGUCGCGACCAGGACGCCAUUGUGGCUUCCUUCGAUCAGCUGUACGAGGCUUGGCGAGGAGGGAUGGACUGGUGCAACGCAGGCUGGCUGGAUGACGGCUCAGUCCAGUAUCCCAUCACCACACCGAGGGAACCCUGUGGAGGCAAGAACACCAUGCCAGGGAUUCGCAACUAUGGUGUAAGAGAUAAGGAGAAGAACCACUACGAUGUGUUCUGUUUCACAUCCUACUACAAAGGCCGAUUCUACUACUUGAUCCACCCCUCGAAGCUGACUUACGAUGAGGCGGUCAGAGCCUGUCAAAAAGAUGGCGCUCAGAUCGCCAAGGUUGGUCAGAUGUUUGCUGCCUGGAAGCUUCUGGGAUACGACCGCUGCGACGCUGGCUGGUUGGCUGAUGGCAGCGUCCGUUAUCCUAUAUCCCGCCCUCGCCGCCGCUGCAGUCCAACGGAAGCUGCUGUGAGGUUCAAUGGCUUCCCAGACAAAAAGCACAAGCUGUACGGAGUGUACUGCUUCAAGGGCCACAACUGAGUUCCAAACACACAAAGACAACCUGCAAAUACACACACAUACACUCACAUGCACCCACACACAUACACUGGUAAACAUACUAGUGGAGUGAAAAGGAGAAUGGAGGAAGGGUAUAACAGAUAUGAACAAAUGCAAAACUGUGAUGCUUAAUUUCAUUGAAACUUUAAGACAGCAUUGUCAGACCGAUGUCAUGUUGCUUUGUAACCUGAGACGUGAUAUUUCUGAGGGAUAGUUUACACAUAUUUAAGGUUCAUAUUAUUUAAUCAAGGCCUUUGU